UUCUCUAUAACUCUCCCUUGUGAUCGCAAUAUAAGACCCUUGCCGAGGACUUACUAUACUUAUCGUCCUGGCCGGAAAUACACCAUUUCACGCGAGGUCUUCUGUCGCAACCCUACAAUACUAUCGGAAGCCUGUUUGUUUUUGUAUCUAAAUUAUUUUAAUUUUCUCGUUAUUUCUUCUCAAACUUGAUCGCAAAGCUAUGUCAGGUCCGCUCGUGUCUCUGGUCGGCAAGAGGAUUCUAGCAGAAUCGGCGAGAAACCAUUUCGGGCAAGAGGAUCCGUAUUUUGAAGAAGUUCCAGCCUCACGGUUGCACCGCGCAUUCGGCAAAAAGACUCAAAAGCGACGCAAGGCGAUUCCUCCGGGCCUGUCCGAAAAUGAUCGCAAAGUCCUUACGCAAGUGAAGCGUAGGGCAUACCGACUAGACUUGUGUCUGUUUAGCCUGUGUGGCGUCCGGUUUGGUUGGGGCAGUGUGAUCGGCCUGGUUCCAUUUGCCGGUGACACUGCCGAUAUGGCACUUGCGAUGAUGGUGGUCAACACCUGUGAUAAAAUUGACGGCGGGCUCCCGACACGCCUCAGAAUGAUGAUGCUGAUCAACGUGAUCAUUGAUUUCGCCAUUGGCCUUGUGCCCUUCGUGGGGGAUAUUGCAGACGCCAUGUACAAAUGUAACACAAGAAAUGCCGUUAUACUGGAAAAGCAUUUGAGGGAAAAAGGAGCCAAGGCGCUUUCGAAGCAACGGCGACGCCAAGAGACUGAUCCAGAUCCAAGUCUACCAGAUGAAUUUGACAAGUAUGAUCAGACAUUGGUUAAUGGCCCGUCUAGGCGUGAAAGCCACAAGCAUCGCAGCAACACCAACCAAACCAGGAAUGAUCCAGUGGUUCAUUCAGACAACCGGAAGCACACCAGAUGGUUCGGCGGGUCUUCCCAUCAGAGACAUGACGAUGUCGAAGCUGGAAUUGUCGGCAACUCCCAGACCCGUAGAUGAUAAACGAUACUGUGAAAAUAUAUGGGCCGGCUUUUGUUUUGCGAAUUUUUAUUAAGGCGUUGGUGGUCAAC